CUCUCAGAAAGAUUCCCCCCCAGUGAAUAGGAUGGCUUAAAAGUGCUGAGGCUCCGUGAACAGCCCGAGGAGCUGCCAUGGACUCCUCGACCAGCUUCAAAAGAAAAUACUUCCCAGAGAGAGAGUUUGACCAAAAAGUGGAUUGCAGAGCUGAGAGACGGGAAGACCUAAGAGGACGCAACAACGUGACGUCGUGUCGAAGCCCCACGAGAGACGUGGACACGAGACAGAUCAAGAAUAAACUGAAGGAAAAAAGGCAGCUGGAGUUUCUGAGGAGGAGAUCAGUCAGCCCAGAGCCAAGUCGCCCCAAGUGUCAGAACUGCUUUCGGAGAGGAAACCCUACUCUGGAUAUAUUUUCAGAUAAAUAUCUCAGUAAGUCUGAGAGACUAUUUACAAAUAUACAAUAUCCACCCUCUGCUGAUGGACAUCAAGAGAUGAUUUUAACAGCAGAGAGCAGAAUAACUGAAUCUCCAGGAACCAGCAAAUGGGCUGCUUUAUGGUCAGAACCGGUAAAACCGACCAAGCAAGAGAAAAGUCAUGCAAAGAAACAGACGUCUACCUCCACAGCAGUGACAAUGGAAUCCAGCCAGCUCUGGAUAAAAAGCACACAGAAAAGAGACAGCACUCAGAAGACAAUAGUCAGAACAAUGACUCAGACGGAAAGGAUUCACCAAACAUUGUCGGUGCAGACGGAAAAUUCUCACCAAAAAAAGACACUUCGAGAGGUCAGCGCGCAGACAGAGUCCGGCCUCGUCACAGUCAAAGAGUCGGACAUCCAGAGAUUAUCUGACUGCCUGCAGGAAGCCCUGUGGAGAGAGGAGGCAGUGAAGAAGAAACUGGCUCUCCUCAAGGAGAUCACAGCAAACCUCAUCAACUCAUCAGAUGUGUUGUGGACGUCUCGCUGCAGUGAGGACCUGCUGAGAAACAAGAUCAAAGUUCUGGAGGCGCAGCUGCAAGUCUGUGUGCAGACAUUUCCAAAAGAUGGAGUGAAGAAGCUGGUGCUUCAGAUGGAGAGGCAGAGGCAGAUGUAUGAGGAAAAGGCCUUCGUUUCGCUGCAGAAGGCCUCUCAGGAGAGAAGUGAGGCGCUCAGCAGAGCUGAGACGCUGCAGGAAGCACUAAACACAGCCCAGGCAGAGGCGCAGAGGUGGGAGAGCCUUCACAAAGAUCUGAAGCUGAGCUGUGGUCAACUCAGGGAGAAGCAGCACCUCAGAGAUGAACAGCUGCAGCGGCUGCACAGUCAAGUGGAGCUGUUCAAAACCCAAGAGCUCGAGCUGAGGGAGGAGGUGGCGUCACUGAGACAAGAAAAGCAGGAGCUCCGGUACAACUUUCGCCUGCUGGAGGAGGACAACCAGACUUUAAGAGACGAGCUCCAGCAGCUUCAAGAUGUUGGCGACGAGGGGCGGAACUUCUUCACGCAUGAGCAUCUUAAAUCAGAGGAGGCGAAACCACGACUGACCUCCAGGAGGGACUCGCACCUGGAGGAGGAGCUUCGACACGCUCAGGAGAAACUGCAGCUCAAAGACAAAGAGUGUGAGGAGCUGCAGACCGAGCUGCAUGCCAUGGAGCAUGAGUGUCAGUCCAGCCAGGCCAGACUGUCGCAGUGCAGAGACGAACUCCGGCAGCUCAGCCAGCGCCGCAGGAGAACGACGCCGUGUGGCUCCUGGUGGAGGGGUUGUGUGUUUCUCCUCCUUCUCCUCGCUGUAGCAGGGGUUGCCAUGUUGUGGUUGUGGCAUCCUCCUUUCAGGGAUCAGCUUGACAUCCUGUACUUGGACAUACAGACCAGAAUCGAAGACUAUCUGAUGGAAAUGGCCUCUCCUCGACAUUGGGGCUGUUUUAGACCAAUAUGAUGACGUCACAGCUUAGAAACUUCUGUAGGUUUUUCUACUCAUCUAGUUAUUGUGUUAAAAUUAAUUUUUGUGUGAAUUGUUUUGGUACGUUCAUAGCUUAUGUGGAGUUUGUGCGGCGAUGUGUUGAAAUGUGAAACAUGUACUGUAGACGUGAGGAGCGGAGGUGAACACAGUAUUUAAAAAAAUACAGGCUUUAAAAA